GUGGACGUUGGUAUCCAUUUGUCGUUGGUAUAGAAAUACAAAUAACACAAGCUAUCCUUAAGGAAAAUUACAACAAAUCAAUUGAUUUUGAUUUUUAGUUAUCACUGCCAUUGCAAUCAGUCCAUACUGUCAGAAAUAUUUAUUUUAAAAUUGUUUUUUUUUACAAAACCGUGUUAAGUAGUAACAAAAAUAAAUAAAAACCAAUUCCUAAAUCAAUAAAAAUAUAAGGAUAACCACACCACCACUUACUCCAUCAUUCUUGGACUAUAUGUGAAAGACCAUAAUUGAUAUAUGUAUGUAUGUUUAUCCGUGUGUGUGUGUGUGUGCAUUUUAUAAAUUAUAAGAGGCCUAAUUGCUGCAUCCUUCAAGCAUGAUUGAUGAACUUGAAUCUAUGGGUAUGCGAACAAGUACGUGAUGCUAACGUCCUCUGAAGGCAACAAUCCUCAAAAACCGGUCAUAUAUGGAGCAUUCGAAUUCAUUCAAUUGUAUCGAUUAAACAAAGAUACAACUGAGCUUGUCUCACGUGCAGACAAGUUGCAUUAUUAUCAGGAUACGAAAUAAUUGCAUGCAUAAAACGUAUUCAACACUUUCAUUCAUCACUCGGUGUCGCGCUGCACAGCUAUAUCGUUAAAGGAAAAUACACACAUCAUAGUGAUUACAAACCCUUGCAGUAUCAUAGAAUCGAGCGCGCCACCAUGACAACGAAAUCAAAAUCUCAGGAAAAACAUAAAAUGUCCGAAAUAGAUGAAAAUAUUUCAAAAUUGUUUGAUAUUAAAAAGCGUUUGGGCAAAGGGGCAUAUGGCAUCGUUUGGAAGGCUUUGGAUAAACGCAACAAUGAAACGGUGGCGGUUAAAAAGAUUUUUGAUGCCUUUCGUGAUGAAACAGAUGCCCAGCGCACCUUUCGCGAAAUUGUGUUCCUAAAAGCCCUUCGUCAUCAUCCAAACAUUGUCAAGUUGCACAACGUUUACAAGGCUCAAAAUAAUCUGGACAUCUAUCUUAUAUUUGAAUAUAUGGAAAGUGACCUCCACAAUAUAAUUAAGAAGGGAACCAUACUCAAGGAUAUACAUAAACGUUAUAUAAUGUAUCAAUUGAUAAAUGCCAUUAAAUACAUACAUUCGGGAAAUGUCAUACACCGCGAUUUAAAGCCUAGCAACGUUUUGAUCGACAGCAAAUGCAGAUGUAAAUUGGCCGAUUUUGGACUAGCCCGCUCUGUAUCAAAUGUACGAAUGCGUGUCGAUUCCAAUGAUCUGAACGGUGAAUUAUCUAUGGAGCCAAUUUUAACAGACUACGUGGCUACACGUUGGUAUAGGGCUCCGGAAAUUUUAAUUGCAAGCAAAAGGUACACAAAAGGCAUCGAUAUGUGGAGCUUGGGAUGCAUACUAGGCGAAAUGAUACGUGGCAAGCCACUCUUCCAAGGGAGCAGUACCGUAAACCAGAUUGAAAAAAUCGUAUCCACCCUACCGGAUAUAACGGAAGAUGACAUAAAAGCAGUUGGUGCAGGAUUUGGCUCGGUAUUGCUAAAGAAGCACAUAUCGAAGGAUAAGAAGACGACUUUUAGUGAUUUACUUAAUGAUGCAUCAAAAGAUGCUUUAGAUUUGGUGAGGUCAUUAUUGGUUCUGGACCCCCUGGGCAGGUUGACGGCAAAACAGGCCUUAUGCCAUCCAUAUGUGGAAAAGUUUCGUAAUUCAAUACCAGAAAUGGAACUCGAUGUUGAUAUUAUACCUCCAUUUCGUGAUGAUAUACGCUUGAGUGUUCCUGAGUAUAGGUCAAAACUAUAUGAAAUUGCACAAAUACCUGGUGAAAAGAGGCAAGUGGUGGAUAACCAAACGAAGCAAUAUGCGAAUGGAUCAGAAAACAAAACAACCCAAAGUAGUGCCCAUGACAAGUCAGAUAUGAAAAAAGUAUCAAAGCAAAAACAUGUCAAUGGUAAAAAGAUCACUUCCGAUGAUAAGCAUAGAAUAGGAGCAACAGAAAAGGACAUGCCAAACCAAGACGAAAUCUCUAGACCAACACCUGCAUCCUCAACUCCGUCAUUGGUGAAACGAAAAUUCAAUAAAAGUACAAACAAUAUAUCUGCUGCAUCCGAAGCAGAGAACCACAAAACCUCAUUGGACGACCGACAGCGUAAUAAAUCCCAGGCAAACUUACUGCAUAGGCCCACAACCAAUAAUGGGGGCAUUCCCAGAAACUCAACAAACCUUAAAGUUCCUAACAACAAUUCUUACAAGCUCUAUCGUAGUUCUUCAUCGCUUAAUAAAGUAGAGAGCAACAAGUCUGCGGAGUAUAAAUCCUACAGCACAGUAUCGAUGACGACUUCCUCACCCCUACUUAAUGAGGGCAGAUCUGAGACUUGUAAUGCAACCAAAUCGCCGGCCAGUGCAAAAACCCAAGAAAGAAUUUGCUAUGAGAGACGUUUGCAAAAACUUGAAGAUGAAAUACGACGUUACAAGAAUGAAGUAAAAUCUUUUUGUCGCGACACCUUUAACUAUUCUAAACAAAACCGUGGUCCGAAAACCAGUGAAACGCAGCUCAUUCCAGUCAAGCAGGAGCCGGAAAAGGAUGCACGAAAUUACCAUAAACAUAAUCAGACAAGGAAACCUAAUUCAAAUCUCCAAUCAUCGGCAAAUACACCCAUCAAAAGUACCUAUUUUCAAUUAUUAACAAAGGGAAAACACAAUGACACCCAUCAACUGCUGUCGGGUGGAAGAGGAGACCAAUUCAUUCCGAUCGAUAACUUUUCAAAAUCGCACUUGGUCGUCGUUCCCAACAAAGAUCUGAGAAAAUAUGAAACCAACAACCACACCAUGGGGAAUGGUGAUCAGAUCAGACGUGAACAGCAGGAGUACCAUAUGUUGCACAAACAAACCAAGCGUUCCAUAUCGAAAUUCAUUUAACGUUUCAAUGUUCAAUAUUUUAUUUGUCUAGUCAAUUGUCAUUAUCCAUGACCCCAUAUACAACUGC